GAAAGAGAUUGUAUUUGUGUGGAAAAAGGUAAUUGAUUAGAUGAGAUGCCGGGUUACACAUAUAUAGGGCUGAGGAGAUCUUGAGGUUUAUAGAAACACCACCAAUCAAGGAUCUCCUCAUAUCUCUCUAACCAACUAUGACUGGGUCGGCCGGCUGAACACGUCCAGGCACUGGACCCACACACACAUGUACACGGCAAUGUCUAACACGCCCCCGCAGUCGAAUUGUCGGUAGAACAGACGUUUAGACUGGACCGGAACUCCGUAAAGACUGACGAAGGCAGUCCCUUGGUGAAGAUGUCGGCGAACUGAGACGUCGUAGGGACGUGAAGAACACGGACAUCACCAAGUGCAACGCGCUCCCGAACAAAGUGUAGGUCGAUCUCCACAUGUUUGGUGCGCUGGUGCUGAACGGGGUUUGAAGACAUGUAGACUGUGCUGAUGUUAUCGUAGUACACCAGAGUUGUCUUGCGCAGAGGGGUGUGCAGCUCAGACAACAGUUGGCGUAACCAGGUAGCUUCAGCAACGGCAUUGGCGACCGCUCGAUACUCAGCCUCAGCACUGGAGCGGGAAACUGUAUUCUGACGCUUGGACAACCACGAGACCAGAUUGUCACCCAGAAAUACCGCAUAGCCAGAGGUGGACUUGCGAGUGUCAGGACAACCAGCCCAAUCAGCAUCAGAAUAGACAACCAAGUCGGACUGAGAAGAGGGGCGCACAAACAGGCCCAUAUGCAGGGUGCCGCGGACGUAACGCAGAAUGCGCUUGAGAGUGGCAAGAUGAGGCUCCCGUGGAUCAUGCAUAUGAAGGCAGACUUGCUGAACUGCAUAGGAAAUAUCCGGCCUGGUGAAGGUCAGAUACUGAAGGGCGCCCGCAAGACUGCGAAAGUCCGUCGGAUCAGACACUGGAGCGCCAUCCGCAGAGAGCUUCGGAUUCACAUCAACCGGCGUUGAGCAAGGCUUGCAGUCAACCAUUCCAGCACGCUCUAGAAUCUCAAUCAUAUACUGCCGCUGAGAGAGAAAGAGACCGGAGCCUGUGUGCUGUACAUGCAUACCCAGGAAAUGAUGAAGACCGCCUAAGUCCUUCAUGGAGAACUCCUGCUGAAGGGCAUCAAUAAUGCGCCGCAGUAAACCCGUAGAGGAGGCUGUCAGCACAAUGUCGUCGACAUAAAGCAGGAGAUAGGCAGUAUCCGCUCCACGGUGAUAGACGAAAAGAGACGUGUCUGACUUGGCUUCAAUGAAACCGAGCCGCAGGAGGUGAGAGGCAAAUCUGCUGUACCAUGCGCGGGGCGCCUGCUUCAGUCCAUAGAUAGAGCGAUUGAGCCGACAAACGUAAUCAGGAUGAGCAGUCCUCAAAUCCGGAAGGCUGAGCGCAAUAAACUGUCUCGGACAAAGUGCCGUGGAGGAAGGCAUUGUUGACAUCGAGCUGAUGGAUGGGCCAGGAGCGUGAGACAGCCAAAGAGAGGACAGUCCGUACAGUGGCUGGCUUGACGACGGGACUGAACGUCUCUGCAAAAUCAACACCGGGUCGCUAGGUGAAGCCACGAAGAACCCAGCGUGCCUUGUAACGCUCAAGAGAACCAUCUGCUUUGAAUUUGUGCUUGAAUACCCAUUUGCCCGUCACCACAUUGGACCGAGGUGGUCGAGGAAGGAGAGCCCAUGUGUGGUUGGACAGAAGCGCUGAGUAUUCGGCCUCCAUGGCGGCUCGCCAGUUCGGAUCGGCGAGUGCAGCGCGGUAGCUCCGGGGAAUGGGUGACAGUUGUGCAGCCUCAAACAGUGCGGGCUGGCGAAAGCCGCGCUUGCCACACGUGACCAUGUCAUGUUGGUUGGUCACAGGGGGGACUGGCACUGCACCGGUAGGAAGGGGCGCCGGAGCUGGAGAACCGACCGCCGGGACGGGCGACGGGGCGGGAGCCGGCGCUGGGGAAGCUAUCGGGGCCGGGGCCGGUGUCGGAGAAGCCGCCGGAGCCGGGGCCGGGCGCUGGGAGUAGAUGAGGCCGCGGUACCGGCCAGUGACCGGUGGGCAACCCCCACUGGCGGGCGACGAAGCGGAGACCGCGUGGGGCGGUGAAGCGGAGGCCCGUGGCAGGGGCCCAAUAGGCGGCCCAGCAUGGGACCGAGCGAACGGCGGCCCAGCAGGGGGCCGAACAGGUGGCCAUGACGGGAGCGGGGCCAAGGCUAGCGCUUCAGCUGCCGGGCCUUGGGCCAUGACGCCGGGGGCGCGGUGGGCCGCACCAGAGGGGGAGCCCUGAGCUCCAGUAGUGCCAGCCGCAUGUGGCGAUGCGGGGAUGGCACCAGAAUGUCCUGCAGAGGAAAAAGGUGGUGACAGCGCAAGGGGAGCCGGCAUCGGGUUAGAAGAAUCCUCCAAAAAAUCAAAUGCCGCACGUGGGGGGGGGGAGAGGGGUCCUCAGAAAAGGGAAAAGAGGACUCCUCGAAAACCACAUGGCGCGAGAUGAUGACCCGGUUUGUGUGACGAUCAAGGCAAAGAUAUCCCUUGUGGUGCGGGGAAUAGCCAAGGAAAACACAUAAGGAGGAGCGGGGGGCUAAUUUGUGAGGGGCUGUGGCGGAAAGGUUAGGGUAACACUUGCAACCAAAAACCCGAAGAUGCUCGUACGAGGGAUGAGACCCGAGAAGGGCGAAGUGAGGUGUAGAGAAGUUGAGAGUUUUGGUUGGAAGAAUGUUAAGGAGAUACGUGGCAGUGCUGAGAGCCGCAGCCCAAAAGGUGGGGGGGAUGCUGGCCUGAAACAGCAGAGAGCGAACGAUAUUAUUAGUGGUGCAAAUGAUGCGUUCAGCUUUACCGUUCUGGGCCGAAGUGUAGGGACACGACAUGCGAAGGUGAAUGCCGUGGGAUAGGAAGAAUGUGCGGGCGCUGAAGUUGUCGAAUUCGCGGCCGUUGUCGCACUGAACUCCCUGAAUGGGGACCCCAAACUGUGUGCGAACAUAAGCAAAAAAGUUAGAGAGGGUGGUGAAAGUGUCAGACUUUAGGCGCAAAGGAAAUGUCCAAAGGUAAUGAGAGCAGUCGUCAAGAAUAACCAGAUAAUACUUGUGACCAGAGAUGCUAGUGACAGGAGAUGUCCAAAGAUCACAAUGAAUUAACUGAAAAUUGCGUGUAGCCCGCGAAGACGACGCAUGAAAGGGUAGACGGGUAUGGCGACCUAGCUGACAAGCAUGACAAAGAGUAUCGCUAGCACUUUUAUUACAAGAAAUAGCGGAUGAAUGGGCUAGUUUUGACAAAACUUCAUGUCCGGGGUGCCCAAGACGCUGAUGCCAAAAGCGAGGAGGAGGUGGACGCAUGAAGAGCAGAAGCCGGGAGCCACAAGGGGUAGAGGGGUCUGAAGCUAUCACAUCUGACGAUUUCCCUCCGAGUAGGAAGAUCCUUCACAGAACAGCCAAAGGGGUCAAACUCCACAGAACAGUUGUUAUCAGAGGUAAACUGGCGAACAGAAAUGAGGUCUUUAAUAAGGUUCGGAGAAACAAGCACAUUAUUGAGACGAAGUUUAUGAGAAAGGUGUGAUGCCAGUGGAAGUAACUGGAAUAAGGUUCCCGUUACCGACAACGAUGUUAGAAGGAGAAUGACAAGAUGAAGUAAUAGUGUGCGAGAGGAUACCAGCAUCGGAGGUCAUAUGAUUAGUGGCACCGGAAUCGAAAUACCACUCAUGUUGCGGUGGCUGCUGUAGGGUCAUGGUCUGGAAAUUGGCCGCUAGGGCCUGUUGAUCCCACCCUGCCGCGGGUGGGCCGUACGGCGCGACGGGAGGCGGGACGCCCCACUGACCGGCCCACUGCCCGUGUGGUCCAGCAGCAAGCAGGGCGUGGGGCGGUUGGGCCGGCCCAGCGGGAGGAUGAGGCGCGGUGGGAGCCUGCGGCCCGGGCCACAUGUGGAUCGACCCGGACCACGGGUUAUAGAGGUUGGGCCAGACGCCGGUGGGAGCCUGUCCCGCAGCGCCCCUGGAGGCAGCAGAGCCGGCGCCGCCGCUGUUGCCACCGGAGCCCUGGGUGGUGCGGCCGCCGCGCUUGCCGCGUUGGCCACGCUGCUGGGGGGCGCCGCCGCCAAAUCCGCCACCGGAGCUGCCCCCGGAGGCCGCCUGUUGGGGGAAACGCCGGGGCGGCUGUGACGGCGGGGGCCGAGAAGCGGCUGACGGCGGGUUGGGGACGGGCGGCUUGGGGCUGCCGGUCCCCGAGGCAGCAAGAGCCGCGGCGGGGGCGGCCUUGUCCAUGGUGAGCUCCUCCAACCGCAGGUCGUCGCGAACCUGCAGGAAGGAGGGGAAUGGAUUGCUGCGGCGGAGAUGGAGGCCGAUGGCGGUGAAGCGCUCGUUGAGGCCUCGGAUGAUGUUGAGGACGAGGGUGUGGUCAGUGAUGUGUUCGCCGAGGUCGCGGAGGUCCUCGGCCAUCCGCUUGUAGCGGCGGCAAUACUCGGCGACGGGGAGAUCUCCCUGCUGGAAGGCUCGAAACUCCUGGUCGGCGUAGAGGGCGCGGGUGGUACGAUUCCCGAGAAACUGGGACUCGAUGGCGAGCCAGGUGACACGGGCAGUGGCACCGCGCUGGGAGACGGUGUCGGCGAGAUCGUCGGAGAUGGUGCCGAGGAGCCAGGUGUGGACGACUCAAUCCAUGCGCACCUAGUCCAGGGAGGUGGGCGCGACGUCGUCGGAGAGGACGUGGCGCUCCAAGGAGAACUUCCCGACGGUGAGGAGGAACGACUCGCGCCACCGGGCGUAGAAGGUGGAGGUGACGUCGAGGAGCAGCGGCACGAGGGCGCGGAUGUUCUGCACGGCGACGGCCUGAGCGUGCAGGUUCAGGAGAGCCGCGGCCUCAUGUUGAAGAAGGGCUGCGUCGAAGGCGGGAAGAUCGCCGGCGUCGGCGGCGGCGUCCUCGUCGCGGGGGGGCUCCGCGGCCGCGCGCUCACGGGCAGCGCGGUCGAGGGCGUCGCGAAGGCGAGCAUCGGCCGCGUCGCGCUCGGUUUGAGCAAGGGCGGCCUCGCGCUCUGCUUCCGCCGCGCGGGCGAGAGUGGCGUCGCGGUUGGCCUUGGCCGCGCGCUCGCGGUCCUCCUGUGCAGCUCGAGCCUCCUCAUCGCACUGGAGGGCAGCAGCGUCGGCGGCGGGAUCCUGAGGGGCGGCGGGAUCGCCUGGCAGCGGCGAGUUGGCCAUGGAGCAGCGCCGGAGGAGAUGGCGCGCUGGGUGCGGAAGAGAAGCAGGGCUGAGGAGAUCUUGAGGUUUAUAGAAACACCACCAAUCAAGGAUCUCCUCGUAUCUCUCUAACCAACUAUGACUGGGUCGGCCGGCUGAACACGUCCAGGCACUGGACCCACACACACAUGUACACGGCAAUG